UAUUUUUCGUUUUUACUAGUUUAGCGGUUUUGUACUUCUAUUAAAUAUUAAUAAUGUUUUACUUUUUUAUUUUAAUUAUUUCUACGUUUUUUAAAGUUAUACACAAUUCGGAAAUUGAGUGUGGCUGUAACGUCAAUCGUAAUUCACAUGUAAAUUUAAAAACGAACUUUUAUAAUGAAUUAUCUUCUAAUCAAUGUCCUAUUGAUAUUAAACACGGGAAUACAUUGAAUACCCAUAGUGUUUCCUCCAAAAUGAUUCUUAUACCUUCGGGUACCUACCAGGUUGGCACUGAUGAAAUACUCAUUGAUACUGAUAAUGAAGGUCCAAAAAAAUUUGUGCAGUUAAAAAGUUUUUACUUAGACAAAUACGAGGUUUCUAACAGAGAUUUUACAAUUUUUACCGAAUCAACGGAUUAUAAGACUGAGGCCGAAACAUUUGGUGAUAGCUUUGUGUUCACACUUUUUUUGAAUAACACGUUUAAGAAACAAUUGCAUGACUUUCGAGUUAUGCAGGCACCAUGGUGGUACAAAGUUUAUGGUACCAAUUGGAAACAUCCUUUGGGUCCGGACUCUGAUGUGGCAGAUUUGAUGGAUCACCCUGUUACUCAUGUGUCAUGGAAUGAUGCAAAGGCAUACUGUGCUUGGAGAGGUGCGAGAUUGCCAACUGAAGCUGAAUGGGAGGCCGGCUGCCGAGGGGAUCAUUAUAAUAUAACAUACCCAUGGGGUGACAAACUGUUCCCGGAUAGACAGCAUAUGGCAAAUAUAUGGCAAGGUACAUUCCCGAACCACAAUUCCGCGAAAGACGGUUACGUUGGCACAAAUCCAGUACACCUGUUUGAACAGAACAAACUCGGCCUCCACAACAUGGCUGGGAAUGUAUGGGAAUGGACAGAGGACUCCUGGUCUGAAGACAAUCCCAAAGAAAAAGUAAAGAAGGGAGGCUCGUAUCUCUGCCAUCGAUCAUACUGUUAUCGAUAUCGAUGUUCCUCGCGUUCGCACAACACUGACGACAGUUCCGCCGGCAAUUUAGGAUUCCGCUGUGCAAAAUCAACGUAAUACUACGUCCAUGUAUUGUUGUAUUUAUAUUACGAAUUUUUGUCUACUUUAGUACUUAAUAUAAGAUUUUAAAGUUAUUACCUCGCAUAUCGAUAAUUUAAUUUUCAUAUGUAAGCAUGAUUGUAAUGUUUUUUUUUUGUCUAGUCUUCCAUAUAUAAAUGUGUAACGUAUUAAAUGUGGUUAGGAUAUUUUAUUUUAUGAAUUUAGGGAUUAAAUAAAAAAAUAAAACAUUUA